AUGGAGAGAGCAAGCAGCCUUAGGAGAAAAGCCAUGGCCCGACAACAUAAAGGAGAGGUCAUGAUUGCUGGAGAACAACUCAGGUUGAGGCUACACGAUGGAAAACUGAUCAAGGACCGACGCUACCACCUGCGCACGUAUCCAAACUGCUUUGUGGCACAGGAACUUAUAGACUGGCUGGUGAGCCAUAAGGAAGCUCCGGAUCGAGCGACAGCCGUCUGCCUCAUGCAGCACCUCAUGGAUCAUGACAUCAUUCACCACGUUUGUGAUAAAAGGUCAGUAUUGAAGGAUGCCAAACUACUGUACCGUUUCCGGAAGGAUGACGGCACCUUUCCCUUCAAUACGGAGGUGAAAAUCUUCAUGCGAGGACAACAACUUUUUGAACAUCUCAUAGGGGACAAGGACUCCAUUCUGCAGUUGAGAGUGGAGCAUGGCGUUGCCUAUCAGCGCUCCUUUCCUGGCUGCCAGUUGAUCGACUGGCUCCUUCAGAACAUGGAGGCAGAAAGCCGGCGUCAGGCCCUGGAUCUGUGCCGCAUAUUGCAGGAGCAUGGCAUCAUUCAGCACGUGGCAAAGAAGUAUGAUUUCUUUGACAGUGGACUGCUGUAUCAGUUCUGCAUCAAUUUUCGACGCAGACGCCACCUAUCUGAACUGUUGAGUGAAAGUGAAGAUGUGGUGAUAUUGACACAAGAGGACAACCAUCUUGAAAGUCCAUUUGUUUUGCACAAAAGUCAUCCUCAAGAGGGCAGUAGUGAUUUCCAGUCAGGUAAAUAUCUGAAACAGGUUACCAGUGGGCGUCGAGGCAGCUUGAAUUCCUCUCAGCUUCACUCUGCUGGAUUUCCACCCUUUGUCCAGCUCAAUUCAACUUCAGUAAUAUGUAAUCCUAAAUCAGUACUUAGAAGAAGUUAUACAUGUGAAGAGUUAUUGGCACCUGGUGCGCCUUUCAUGAAGAAAGUGUUGACGGUGAUAGGAGAUGACCUGGCCUGGGGCUUUGUUGUCAGAGGCAUGGCUCCCUGUUAUGUGCAGGCUGUUGACCCUGGAAGCCCUGCAGCCGCUGCUGGAGUUAAGGUGCGGCAGUUUUUGUGCCAGGUGAAUGGACAGUGUGUUCUCUACCUGGACUACAGGACAGUCUCCAGGCUGGUGAUGACAGGGCCUCGCACCGUUGUACUGGAAGUUAUGGAACCACUGGAAUGACAACAUAUUUCUGGUUUCAGACACAACUGCUCUGUUGGAAAUGGAGGAUCAUUUUGUAAAGUUUAUUUUUCCCAAUUACAGACUAGUACGGGCAGAGUUCUUAUCUACAUUGUCUGGGGUCGGGGUUGGAAUCACUGAACAUGGUUAUGGUCGCAGCAAGAGUUAAACUCAAUGAUUGUGUGUCUAUAGUGUUCUCAUGAAUUCAUGAGCAAUAUUACAUGUUUGCUUUGUAUGACUGAAAAUCUGAGGUGGAAAAAGUACUCAGAUCUUAAGUAUUUAAGUAAAAGUAGAAAUACCAGUGUAGAAAAACUCUGUUACAAGU